AUGACAAGGCACGAGUACGUCAAGUUCGGCAUAGUCCUCGGUCUCGGCACCAGCUCUACCACCGCCUUCGUCAUUGCCAAGCUCGGUCAUAUCCUAUCUACCGGUCAACUUUCCAACAUCAUCGAAGCAACCAUCCGCAGUGUCCUUCACCACCGUGAAGCCCCGGCUCAGGUUCGCAACCAUAAGAGUUCGGCUGCAGAGGAGAAAUUAGAGGUUACAGCACCUGUGGCUGAGAAGGAGGAGGCACCAGUGGGGUUCACCCCACUUGAGCUGGAUCCAAACAUGCCAUCCCCAAUAUUCGGAGGAAGCACUGGAGGACUAUUGAGGAAGGCCCAAGUGGAAGAGUUCUAUGCGAUAACAUGGAAUUUCUCGAAAGAACAGAUCUUUGAGAUGCCCACAGGUAGCGCCGCCAUAAUGAGGCAGGGUCCGAACCUGCUGAAGCUUGCAAGAAAAGAGUAG